AUGUCGUCUGCAGCCGCGUACCACCUCGAGCGCCAGGUGGCCAUCUCGGCCGUCACCCGGGCUUGCUCCCUCACCGACAAGGUCUUCCGCAACCUCGUCACCGCCGACACCGUCACCAAAAAGGACAAGUCGCCCGUCACCGUCGGCGACUACUCCGCCCAGGCCGUCGUCAACACCGUCAUCGCAUCGCACUUUUCCGCGGAUGCCAUCGUCGGCGAGGAGGACUCCAAGGACCUCCGUAACCCCGAGGCCAAGAACCUGCGCGACCAGAUUGUCAAGCUCGCCAACGAGGCCCUCGCAAGCCCUGCCCAGGAGUGCCCCGCCGUCGCCGACGCAGCCUCCAAGUCCUCCGAGGCCGCCUCGCAGGCAUGGGGCACUCAGGACCUCUCGGAAGAGGCACUCCUGGCCGCCAUUGACCGUGGCAACGCCGAGGGAGGAAGGUCCGGUCGCUGCUGGGCACUCGACCCCAUCGACGGCACAAAGGGCUUCCUCCGCGGCGGUCAGUACGCCGUCUGCCUCGCCUUCAUGGUCGACGGCGAGGUUCAGGUCGGCGUCAUUGGCUGCCCCAAUCUGCCCCACGACGCUUCUUCGGCCAAGCCCAAGGAGGGCGAGUUUGGCGCCGGGGCAAAGCGCAACGACCUCGGCACCCUCUUUGUGGCCGUCAAGGGCCAGGGCGCUUUCCAGCGCCCCAUUCAGGCCGAGUCGGACAGCGAGACUGCGAUCACGAUGAACAAGAUUUCGAGCCUCUCGUCUGCCUCGUUCUGCGAGUCGGUCGAGGCCGGUCACUCGUCGCAUGGUACCAACGCACGCAUCGCCGAGUUGCUCGGAAUUACGGCCGAACCCGUCCGCAUGGACAGUCAGGCCAAGUAUGUCAGCAUCGCAAGGGGCGACGGCGACGUCUACCUUCGCCUGCCCGUCGGCGAUGGAAGCUACCAGGAGAAGAUCUGGGACCAUGCGGCCGGCUCCCUCAUCGUCGAAGAGGCCGGCGGCCGGGUCAGCGACAUUCGCGGGCGCUCGCUCGACUUUGGCGUCGGACGCACGCUCAAGGACAACAAGGGCGUGGUGGCGGCCCACCGGGACGUGCACGACCAGGUCAUCAGGGCGGUCGGGCAGGCGCUCGAGGAGGAGGGACGAGGUAACCUCUAG